CCUCCUCUCUCUUUGGUACAGCUCUUCUCAUUAAAUUCAUAACCUCAGUGUACUCUCAUUUGAUAUCAUCCAUCCCAGUCCUCCUCCUUCCUCUUUUCUUUUUCAAACCCCCCCCCCCCCCCCUCUCUCUCUCUCUCUCUCUCUCUCUCUAUUAUAUACAUAGAUGCCAAUACUGAUCUUCAUCUUCCAUUGGAUGCAAACUUUCUGCUAGAGAGAGAGGGAGACAGAGCGAGAGGAGAGAUCUCUCCUCUAGAGAUGGCACAUCAUACAUGCUGCAACAAACAAAAGGUCAAGAGGGGACUAUGGUCACCAGAGGAAGAUGAGAAACUCAUCAACUACAUAUCUACUUAUGGCCAUGGAUGCUGGAGCUCAGUCCCAAGACUUGCAGGUCUGCAGAGAUGUGGGAAGAGCUGCAGAUUAAGAUGGAUAAAUUACCUCAGACCUGACUUAAAACGUGGGAGCUUCUCUCCUCAAGAAGCUGCUCUCAUCAUUGAGCUCCAUAGCAUUCUAGGCAACAGAUGGGCUCAGAUAGCUAAGCAUCUGCCCGGAAGAACAGACAAUGAAGUGAAGAACUUUUGGAAUUCAAGCAUAAAGAAGAAGCUGAUCUCUCAUCAAUACCUAGCCACCUAUCCUAAUCUGCCCCCAAACCCCAACCCAACUGGCCCUUUUGAUGGUUUUUUCUCAGUAAAUAAUGCAAACCCUAAUUUGAUCCCAUCUCCACAAGACCAUUUAUACAUUCCCACCCAAAACUCAGUCCUACAAGGCUUUGAUCAUGGGCAUGAAAUGAAAGUACUAGAUCAGAUCAAUUUUGAUCCCAAUUUGGUCCCUCUCCAACCUCCAAAUUCAAUCCCAAUUCUUCUAGACCUACCUUCAUAUGACUCCUCAUCAUGGCCUUUAAACUAUCAAACUCCACACAUUGAUCACCAAAAUGUACUCAAAGAAGAGGAUUGCAUGUUCAUCAACCCGAAAAUGACAACAAUUCCACCAUCAUAUGAUGAUCCAAUGGUGAUGCCUAUUAUGCCAAAAGUCUAUGACAUGAUCAACUGUGCCAUGCCAUCUUCAUCUGCAUCACACAAAGUUGACCAGAUUACAAGUCUUUCGUGUUUUCCAUCCGGGGUUCCUAAUUCACGCGAUCCAAAUGUGACAACCAAUCAAAUGGAGUACAUCAAUGCGAUUAUGUCAUCACUGCCAUCAUCAUCAUUGUCAUCCUCAUCCUCAUCCUCAUCACCAUCAUCAUCCUUAUCGCCGUUGCCAUGCAGCCAAUUUGUUAUGAACCCUAAUCUUGCUACAAGCUGGGAUCCCUAGACAUGAAUGAUUGCUAUAUAUAUUUAUAUCUAUGUGUUGGUAUUUUGGGGUAUGGUGAUUUGAAUUAAUAGGUGAAUGCAAUUGUUUCAUACCAAGGCAAGUGCAACCAACGUAUAUGGGGAUUGAAAAAAAAAAACCUAAAUGUUGCUAGUUAUGGGUACUUUUCCAAUGAGCAUCAAUGCUUUGCUUGGUCACUCAAGUUCCAUAGAAUUGUGAAGGUUUUUCUCUUAAAUGCUUCUCCCUUAAUUACAUUUGUAUCUCACUUAUUUCUCCAGUGAUGAAGUACUCUCUCUCUCUCUCUCUCUCUCUCUCUCUAUAUAUAUAUAUAUAUAUAUAUAUUUUAUAUAUCAAUUACUGGAAGUCCUACUCCACUCUAUCACCUGCAUCUACAUUUGCACUCUCUCUCCUCUCUUUCUCUCCAUAUAUAUGUUGUACAUGUUUAGGUGGGGACAGUGUGAUGCACUUUGGCUUGAAGUUGGGAAGGUGUAAGGGCAGAGGAGUGUUACUAUUUUGAUACAAAGUAGCUGCAGUCUGAGCAUAAGUAUCUGUGGAGUUGGGGGGAGGGGAAAGAAGGGGACGAUCAAUGAGCAAAAUUAAUGGUAAAAAAAUGCCAAAGCUCACUGUUGUUCCUUUGUCCAAAACUAUCACCUAAGAUUCGUAUAUAUGUGAUGAUGUGCAUAAUGUAUAUGCGUUUUCACGGAUGCCAUAUGUAUCCUCAAAUCAAUGGAUUUAGUAUAUGUAUGUUUGUAUGUUGUAUUGUACUUGUU